UUCCGUUUUCAGAGCAUAACUAAUUAGGCCGAACGUUUUAGACUUGUGUGGUCAGUAAUAAAUAAUUUGUUAUUCUAGGAUCAUAUAUAUUUACAUUAUUGAAGAAAUUAAGAAACAGUAAGAACAUCAAAAUGGAUGACAAAUUACGUCAAAUGGAAGAUGAGAUGAAUAGAUUUGAAGCUGAAAUUGGUGGUCAGUUAGUUACACCAAUGGUUAGACCUGUAAUUGGUGCAAAUACUUAUAAUCAAGUGGCUAGACAAUUGGAGCAACAUGAACUUCCAACACCAGUUGUUGCUGCUGCUGCAGCUAGUUUAGCUUUUCCACCAAUGCUUGGAUUUCCACCACCACCGCCACCACCACCACCUCCUCCUCCACCACCGCCAAUGUUAAUUCCACAACAAGUAGCAAGACAAGGUACGGUUCCUUCUAUUACAACAUACUCAUCACCUGCACAGAUAAGUAAUCCAUAUUUACCAAAUAUGGUGGACCCGUGUUUAAGUGCUACUCCAAAAACUUACGAAUCUACAUCAGCACCAAUGAUUCAUCCAGAAAUUAUUGAACAGAUUAUCAAUACAAAGAUCCCAGAAGAUGACAGCAAAAAGAAACCCAAGGUGAAAGGUGUAAGUACUGCAGCAGAAUUAGCAAUUAGCCAAGGGAAGGCAAGUUCUAUCAUGGCCAAUGCUAGCGCAGAAGAGACUCAUCCAAAGGGUAAAGGGAAGAAAAAUAAAAAAAUCAUACGAAUGGCUGGUGGACAAACAUGGGAAGAUCCUUCCUUACUAGAAUGGGAUGAAGAUGAUUUCAGAAUAUUUUGUGGAGAUUUAGGAAACGACGUCACAGACGAAAUGCUAGUAAGAGUCUUUGGCAAAUAUCCGAGUUUUCAGAAAGCAAAGGUAGUCAGGGACAAAAGGACAAAUAAGACAAAAGGAUUUGGGUUUGUGUCCUUCAAAGAUCCACAAGAUUUCAUCAAAGCAAUGAAAGAAAUGAACGGUCGAUACGUAGGCUCACGUCCCAUAAAGCUACGGAAGAGUUCAUGGAAACAACGGAAUUUAGAGACAGUACGGAAAAAAGAGAAAGAGAAGCAAGCAUUAAUUGGCUUGUUAACCGGGCGGUGACGUGAUAGAGAACCGUUGUUCUUUCUCUCGUUCAUAUUUAUUUAAUCGGAUUCUACACUGACUCGCUAUUGUUGGUUUUAUUCAAACAAUUGUCAUCGAGACGUCUGUACGUAAAGUAUAUUUACGAAAGCUUGACAACUAGCGCCAAUGGAUACGUUUUUUAAGAAUUCUAUUUCACAGGAGUAAAAAUGUCUACGAUCGAGUACUAUCUUACAUUGUGAUUGACUACCAUGUAGUAUAUAAAAAUUGCAUGUAGGUGAACAUGGAAAUAAAUUCUUACUACAAAUGAA